UUAUCUCUGUCUUGGUGUUAUUUCUAAGAGUUUAUGAUAUAUAUGCAGAUAAAUAAAUAGUAAAAAGCAUUCCAUUCUGGUUCGAUCUUGAGAUAGACAAAUUAUUGUAGCGAAUAUAAAAAUAUGAUUACCACUGUCAUACAGGGUACGGUGUGUUUGAUCGUCCCAUCAAUUAAAAAGAUCAUAUCAAUAAUAAUAGUAACAAUAAAGAGUGGUGCUGCUUUAUCUUCUUAAAUGUACAGUAUGUUUCCAGUUUUAGCUUUGGUUUCUACCCUCUUUCUUAUUGCAUUUCAUUUCAUUAUCAAAACCCUAAAAGAGAGAUUAUUUGGUAGCCCUAAUCUUCCUCCAGGAAGUCUAGGAUGGCCACUUAUAGGAGAAACUCCAGCUUUUUUCCGUGCAGGUUCCGAAGCAAAACCAGAAAAGUUUAUCGGGGAAAGAAUGGAGAAAUACGAUUCAAGGGUCUUCAAGACAUCCCUACUAGGGAAACCCUUUGCUAUGGUCAGUGGAACAGCAGGGCAUAAAUUAUUGUUUAGCAAUGAGAACAAGUUGGUGAACCUGUGGUGGCCGGAGUCGGUGAGAAUGCUGUUCAAGUCAGCUUUGGUUAGUGUAGUUGGCGAUGAGGCGAAGAGGAUAAGGAAGAUGCUCAUGACAUUCCUUAGUCUUGAUGGCCUAAAGAAUUACACAGAGAGGAUAGACAUGGUUACCCAACAACACAUUAGAACUUACUGGGAAGGGAAAAAAGAGGUAACAGUGUAUUCAACUCUCGACUUUUAUACAUUCACACUAGCUUGUAACUUGUUUACAAGUAUCAAUGAUCCUGAGAAGCUAUCGAAGCUUGGGGCUCAUUUUGAUGUGUUUCUGAAAGGGAUAAUCUCCUUCUCAAUUAGCAUUCCUGGGACAAGAUUAUACAAAUCCAUGAAGGCUGCUAAUGCGAUUAGAGAAGAGCUUAAAAUGAUUGUUAGAGACAGGAAAGAAGCAUUAGAGAGGAAAAUGGCAUCACCUACACAAGACCUUCUGUCAUAUUUGCUUGUGAAUUCAGAUACUAAUGGAAGAUUCCUAUCUGAAAUGGAGAUUGUUGAUAUCAUCAUUCACUUGCUAUAUGCUGGUUAUGACACUUCCAAAUCUUCUUUAACAUCAAUCAUGAAGUACCUUGCGGAAAUGCCUGAUGUGUAUGCAAAAGUUUUACAAGAGCAACUUGAAAUAGCCAAUUCUGAGAAACUAGGAGAGUUUCUACAAUGGGAGGAUGUGCAAAAGAUGAGGUACUCAUGGAAUGUGAUCUGUGAAGUGCUCAGACUCUCUCCGCCUGUCAGCGGUGCUUACAGACGUGCCAUAGUGGAUUUUACCUAUGAAGGAUACACAAUUCCGAAAGGAUGGCAGCUGUUCACAAGCUUUGGCACGACACACAGAGAUCCAACUCUUUUUCCAAACCCAGAAAGAUUUGAUGCUUCAAGGUUUGAAGGAAAUGGGCCUCCCAGUUACUCAUAUAUUCCAUUUGGAGGGGGGCCAAGGAUGUGCAUUGGGUAUGAAUUUGCUCGCCUGGAAAUGCUGAUUUUCUUGCAUAAUAUUAUCAAGAGAUUCAAAUGGGACAUUCUCAUACCUGAUGAGCAGUUUGGAUAUAAUCCCCUGUUAGCACCAUCCCAAGGAUUUCCAGUUCGUCUUCGGCCACAUCACUCCCACCUCUAAUAUUUUAUGUUUGUUCAUUCAUGUUUAUAUGUAUAUGUAUAUAAAUAUGUUUGUUUCAAUUUCUAUAUGUUCUCUGUUACUUACAUUAUAACUAUUGAUGUGUCCAUAGUAUUUUAUGGACAAAAAAUAGAGGACAUUGAAGUCUUUAUGUUAUCUAAAUAAAAACAUGAUUUGUAAUUUAUAACUCCA